AUGUCCCCUUGGCUCGAGCCACUCGUCACUGAGAAGCUCGCCGAUGCUCUGACUUACAAGACUGCAAAACAUCAUGCUAUCAAGCCUGAGCCUGACUUGCUACUUCAAGUCUCGGAGAAUGGCAGUAAUCUCAAACUCAAGCUCGACAUGCCCGCUGUAGAGUUGCGUGUGCUCAAGGUCCAGAAUUUAGACCUCACAGUUACUGACGGCCUAGUGUCUAUGCGAGCUAGAGUAACUGCCAAGGCUAGAGAUGAUUUCCAGAAACAAUACUCCUCUCUGCUGUCCUCUGUCGAGACUAGAUCAAUCACCUCCACUAUAUCUGGCAUUACUUACACACAUCUAAUUGAUAAUGCCCGCCGUGUCCAGCUGCUACUUUCCAGCUUGGCCAUUUCCAAUGCUUCCUGCAAUAAUCUCAGCCAAAUCACUCCUAUCCAUGAAGUCAGCCAAAUAAGGACAUUCUUGGAACAGCUACAACAACUCAAUCAGCCAGCAAACCCGCCAGCGUUUGUCCAUGAGACAAUUCCGCCGUCCACUCUGAAUGACAAUACGCAUGUGGAAGUGACCGAACCUCCCCAUGAUCGUGUUGAAGUCGUCGAGAGAAACACCCCCUUCAAGCGUCCCCAUUCGCCAUCCUCUUCCAAGCAGUCGAGUUCUCAUCGAUUGGUCAGGCGUCGUCUGCACAGCGAUGAUGAAGAUAUCAUUGUUCAGACAGGCUUAAAUUUGCAUCAGCCUGUACAGCUUCAGCCAAGUGCUUCUCGUGAACACGAGAGACUACUAAGCCUGCUAUCGAGCAGGGGCCAGAGUCUGAGAGCUUCGACUUCUGCUGAUCGUGAGCAGGCCUUACGACUGAUUAGCGGCGUGUCAGCUCAGAUGGCUCCACCUCCGAAACCAGCUACUAGAAUUGGCGAUCUUCAAGCACAAGCGCCAUCGCAAGUUGAUUCGCAAUCCUUGUCACAAGACUUCCAGUCACAGAUUCCCCUCGCCGAGAUGCCUGCUUCCGGACCAGCAGAAAGCGGCGUUUUUCCGAAAGGCAAUGCCGCUGUGCACUUUGCGCCUAAAGAGAUGACGCUACCCAAGAUUAGUAUACCAAGUAACACGCCGACCUCAGCUCAGCCAGAGUCUCUGGAAGUCACACAGUCUUCUUUACCAAGAGUUUCCUCCCAAAGAGUACCUUUGCCAUCACAAUCGGAGGCCCUGCCAGCCUCGUUGGCCACUUCAAGCUCGCACCUGUUGGAUGAGGCUUCUUCCAGCAUUCCAAAACCACUGUAUAGAGCUCCCUCAACUCUUUUCAUCAAGUACGCGCGAAGAUCAAUUCCAAGCAACCAACGGAAGCUGCUAGAUAAGCCUUUCUCAUGGUGGCCACACCGACCUGGAACCAAAUUCCCUCAUCCCAAUAUCCCGGUCGAAGACCUCAACAAGAUCGAAAAAGCUGCAGAACAACGAGCAGCGAAGAUAGUGGGGAGCGAACGUUCGAAGCAGAUUGAGGAAGGCGGUGUACAAGAGCGGCGAGUGAGGCUAUCGAACACUCCUCCCGUGACUCAGGGAACCCAGAACAGUGUUCUGUCGUGGAGUUCAUCACCCGAACAUCAUGCUGUGCCGCGAUAUCGCAAUGAUACCCUUCGGCGUUCGAUCAAUAUUGUGGAAUCGGAGCUACCAGACAACUCACAGCCAGACAGGCGACCGCCAACUAGGUUGCUUCCUGGCGAGUUUCCACCAGACAGUAGCGCUGAUCUCAUGCAGCUCGACGAUCUUGAAGCAGGUAGACAAGUUGUUCGAAUACCUUCCAGCCUACCUCCAGAUUAUUUAUCUAACGAGAGCUAUGGUUCUGACUCUGACGAUGAUCUUCCACCAGAGUCGAACGUGCGACAACUUCCCGAGUAUUCGUUGAGCUCACCUGAACCUGAAGAGACAUCCCCAAGACCAGAUCCCGAGGCACAGCGCGGGGCUACCGAGUCGCGAUCACUCAUCUUAGGGGAAUCAUCUCAUGAUGGGCCUCUAUCUAAGAUAGUUGACUCAGCCUCAUCUCCCGUACUCCAAGAUGCCGCAAGUCCGCAAAUUCGUGAGACUGUUGAAGAACUCUCGGUGGAUCCUCCGGCUGGUGAAUUUGACGGACUAUUGAUCCAACGGGAUUUCGGCGAACUCAAGGAUGCACCAGUAACGAAUGCUCAGUAUCAAACUGAUGAUGAUGUUGUCAUAGACGAUCAAUCCCGAGUCAAGAACGACCGGAUCGUUGAUGAGCAACCACGAACCACUGUCACAGACCUUCCAGCACCUCAGCCACUAAAACUUCGAUUAUCCGACUGGGGACUAAAACAGUCAGCUGAAACAAUCCUGUUGAGACAAGCUCGUUGGAAGCGCGAAUUCUUUGCAGACCCGGAACGAAAGAAGGUCCCCGAUCAUGAUACAGCUGCGAGCAAAUCGCUGACGCCACAAACGAUAUUACAACACGAUGAUGAGAUGGAGGGGAAUCCAGAGUCGCCUGUUGCGAACACGGAGCCGCAGCCUGAUUCAAUGGAGAUCGACGAAGCGCCGAUCGAGUCGGCGAAGCCACCUGACCCUAACGUCCUUAGUAGGGCCGCUAUCAUUGACCAAUGGCGCUCACAGAGUGAUCGGAUAGAUUAUCGUCCAGCGAGUGCACCCCAGACUGGGCCUCUCGAAUCUGCUAUUCCACAACCUGAGGUGACUGCGCCGGGAACUGAACCUCCAGGACCUACUGUCCCUGAGCCUGAGGUUGCUGCACCUACUGGAGCUAAGUCCACUGCUCCGGAAUUGCCUAUUCCCGAUGCUGCACGCAUCAAAGAAUCAUUGCCACCUAAACCGCUCUCCGCAGACAGGGCAGGUCCUGACACAGAAUCCGUCAGUUCAUUGCCACCUAGACCCUCGUAUCGUGCAGACGUGCGCAUGCGUGAUUCGAAGUCCCGACUUAGACAAGAGAUAGAGAAAGGCAAAUUUGGCGAGCCGACAAGAGCUCUUUGGGUUGGAUCGCUUCCUGCUUUCAUCGACGAUACCCAACUUGAGCAGAUGUUUGCAGAGUUCAGUCCUGUUUCUGCGUUUGCUAAGAAUAUGUCAGGCUUCGUCAAUUUCGCCGAUAUCGAGACAGCAUGUAGUGCCCUCGAAGCAAAGCAUCGCACUCCUCUCGGCGAAAGAAGCGUUGUGUGUAAAUUUGCAAGUCCUCGCGGAUUUGCUCCGCCCCGGCCCGCUCCUCUGGGAUCCGGCCAUCCCAUUGUACCGACUUUGAGACCCUCUCAAAACGCUACGCUGUCGCUGACGAUUGACGAUCUGCUUCGUCAAUUGGUUGUCAAGCGCAAUUUCAAGGGUAAUCGAACAGCCUUCGAAACCUUAUGCAAGAAUCUGCACAUGUCUUCAGAUAUUCCCCCUUCACAUUGGGACGAUUAUGUGGUUUUGCAGCCAGCAGAAUUCCUACCAUGGGCCAGUCGGACUAUCGCUAAUGGCGGUAAGGUCCUCGACUAUGACACAUACUGGCGUGAACACCUUCAGAACACUAUAAAACCUGGCCGGAUUCCUGUUUUGACUCGUGCCAGGCUGGCAGCCAUCUUCAACAAGACACCUGUCGUUGAAAGGCCUCCUGCCGGCUCCAGUGCACCUGUAUGCCCACAAACAGGUCCCGGUGUGAGACAACCAGUCCCACCAACGCCGCAUCGAACGCCACCUCCAGCCGCUCCUCUUGCUCCCAGAGCGGUAGCCGAGGAUCUGAGGCGAUCUGUUGUCGAGCGCAACGCCUCAAGUGCCACCAGUACACCACAGAAGGUUGUCCCCACAGGCCCUAGUCCGUUGCUUGAUUUGGCAGAGCCUCUGCGGUCGUCUAAGUGGUUACGCCACAACUUUAUAAAGGAUCCAAAUGGAAGAGUGAUCCAGCAAGAGCUCUAUGGUAUGUACAAGGACGAGUUUGCCCGUUCUGCAGUCCCAGUGAUGGCGGGUAAACUGUUUGUCAAGCACGUUCAAAACACCUAUCCUGGUCAGACCGUCGUUGAGAUCGACGCUGACGGCAACAAGACGUUCUACUCCACAGGACUCCGCCACAAACUCUCAUCACGACCACCACCUGCGGAUGAUGGUUCACCUGAGUUUAAGAUCAAGGGUGUUUCAACCUUGACUUCCGUCAAGAAGAGUACUCGUGGUGGCAUGCCUGAUGAAUCUCACAGCUCUCCUGGUGAGAGGGAGAGAAGACCACCGCGAAGGUCUCUUCCAUUCAGAGCAGAACCGCGUCUUUCAAGAUCUCGUUCACCGCCGCGCAAUCCUCCUCCGAGAGCACCGAAGGGUAAGCUCUAUUCUCCAGACCAUCUCUUGACUGAUGAGGAUCUCGACGCAAGUUCUGAGCCGCCAGAAUACCGCGACUUCUUGGCGAAAUAUCGUGCCUUGGGGAACGUGACUAAGAAGGGCAACGCGUUUUCUGAACGUGACUGA